AUGUCCGCCAUCCAGACGAGAAACGGAAUCGAAGAGAAUGUGUUGAACUGCAUCGGGUCUACUCCCCUCGUGCGGGUCAACAACAUCAUCAAGGCCGAGAAGCUCAAAUGCGAUUUAUUGGUAAAAUGCGAGUUCUUCAACGCCGGUGGAUCGGUCAAGGAUAGAAUUGCAAAGCGCAUGAUCGAAGAAGCCGAAAAAGCUGGCAAAAUCACUCCGGGAGUUACAACUAUCAUUGAGCCUACUUCUGGCAAUACAGGAGUCGGUCUUGCUCUCCAGUGCGCCGUGAAAGGAUACAGAUGUAUCAUCUGUCUACCGGAAAAGAUGAGUCUGGAAAAGAUCCGAGUUCUCAAGGCCCUUGGUGCCGAGAUUAUUCGAACUCGAACAUCAGCUGCUUUUGACGAUCCUGACUCGCAUAUUUCAAUUGCCAAGGAUCUUGAAAAGAGCAUUCCCAAUGCCUGGAUUCCUGAUCAAUAUACAAACAUGAACAACCCCGACGCUCACUACUACGGCACCGGAGCUGAGUUGAUUGAGCAGACCGGUGGCAAGAUCGACGUGUUUGUCGCUGGCGCUGGAACUGGUGGUACCAUCGCCGGAACUGCCAAAGUUCUCAAAGAGAAGAUUCCAGGAAUCAAGGUUGUCGGCGUUGAUCCAUACGGUUCGAUCCUCGCGCAGCCAGCAGCGCUCAACACGAUGGAUAUCACUGGAUACGAAGUCGAGGGUAUCGGUUAUGAUUUUAUUCCCGAUGUUCUCAACCGAAGCUAUGUUGAUGAAUGGAGAAAAUGCACUGAUGAGCAGGCGAUGCCAAUGGCUCGACGACUUUUGAGAGAAGAAGGACUUCUUUGCGGAGGUUCAUGUGGAUCAGCAUUCUACCACGCUCUCGAAAUCGCGAAAACCAUGCCAGAAGGAACUCGUGUCGUCUGCAUUCUACCAGACUCGAUUAGGAACUACAUGACAAAACACCUAAUGGAUGAGUGGAUGUGGGAGCGAGAUUUUUUCACCCCUGAAGUUCCUGAGCAAAAUGCUGAGUGGUACAACCAGACUGUCAGAUUCCUUCCCUGGAACAGAAAGACCCAAACCAUCUCUGAAUCCGCUACUAUUCGAUGCGGCUUGAGUGCAAUGAAGGAUGCUGAUGUCGAAUUUAUCCCAAUCGCCGAUGAGGAAGGAAACAUCAGCGGUGUAUUCAGCCAGGUUAAAGCGAUGGAAUAUCUUUUGGCCGGUACCGUUAAUCUCGACACGAAUGUUCUUAAAUGCUAUGAGACUUCAUUCAAGUCAGUAAACCAAGAUGACUCGAUCGGUCUCGCCUCUCGAAAGAUCCAGAACAAUGGUUACGUUUUCGUCGUCGAGGACGGAAAAUUUGUCAGAAGUCUUUCGCGUAAAGACAUUUUUGCCCAAAUCAUGCAAUGA